GUGAGGGAAUCCAUGAACGCAAGCUCCGGUAAAACGAAACACGGUUUCAGUCCCGCGAGAUACUUUUCAGGCGAUUGCCAUCUAUCAAGCUGCGUGAAUUUGUCCCUAAAUUGCUUCUCAGAUAUCUUCAACAUAUACCUAGACACUUCUAAGCAGCAUGGACAGCGAGUGCCUGGUGUUGUUGCCUCGGGUGUGCGCUGUACUAGCGGACCCCAGACAGUCCCUACCAGACGACACCAGCCUCGAGAAACUGCUGGACUGGUUCACUGGUCUCACCAAGGAGGACCAUGGCCUGGCCCUGUUGGAGUCCUGCCCCUGUCUGGUGGACUACAUAUCCACCGCGUGUCUGGACAAAACUACAGAUCCCAGCAUGCUUUCCUUCAGCCUCAAGCUUUCCGGCCUGCUGGCGGCCAGCCAACACGGCUUCAACCUGCUGCAGGAUCGAUCCAUCCUGGGCGUGGCCUACGACAGCGAGCGAUGGCAGGUGGCUGGCCUAUGGGAGGAUCCGAGCGUGCGGAUUGGCUGGAUCCAUGGCCUGAGUAACAUGAUGCGCCACACACAGGCCUUCCACUUCCUGGAUCAGGCUGGCCUGACCAAACCCCUCCUCCAGCUACAGACUGACCCCAGCCUAUUCGUCGCCUCGGCCGCAAAUCAACUCCUGGCCCGCCUCCUAACCUUCCACCAGCCAACCACAACCUCACACACAACCCAGGGGAAUGGCCUCACUGUUCCACCCAAUAAGGAAGAGGUAGAAUUGGACGUAACCAUGGAGACAAGUCCAGGAAGCGGGUGUUCCAUCACCAUGGAGAUCUUGAAGCACCUGGAGAGCUCUCUGGAGUCAGACAGCCACACCCAGGUGCUCCAGGGGCUGAGGCUGCUGGCCCUGACUCUCCCCGAGCUGGAGGCUCCUCUCCGGGGCUCGGUGAUCAGGCGAGUCCUGAGGCCUCUGGAGGGGUUGGUCCGAGAAGGCCGCAGAGCAGUCGCGCAGCCUCUAAUGGACGUCCUGCUGGCUACAUACAGGUCCGGUCCGUGUGACUCCAGACUCGUCUCUCUGAUGGCGUCCAUGUUGAACUCCCAGAAUCCCUCUGACGCUGCUCUGUGUGCCGCCGCCACCCUCCAUCCGGAGACCUGUCCUCCAGGCCUCAGACAGAAGGUCGUAGCUGUUCUACUGGGACCUCUACAGAUGGUUACUGGAGUAACUCUGCUGGACUGGCCCAAUGACAGACACACUGAUCAACAGACUGACCACAGACACACUGAUCAACAGACUGACCACAGACACACUGAUGGACAGACUGACCACAGACACAUCGAUCAACAGACUGACCACAGACACGCUGAUCAACAGACUGACCACAGACACACCGAUCAACAGACUGACCACAGACACACUGAUCGACAGACUGACCACAGACAGACUGAUGAAGACCACAGACAGACUGAUGAAGACCACAGACAGACUGAUGAAGACCACAGACAGACCGACACUGACCAGGACAGACAGACGGAGUGUCGUAGCUCUCUCUCUCUCCUGCUGGAUCAUCUCAAUCACAAACCUUCCUGUGUCUCUCUGCUCUGCGUCUCCGUGUCCAGCGCUCCCUACAUAACAGACAUGGAUUCAUCUGCCUCCGUCAUCCUUGCUGUGGUGUCACUCCUGAGGAUCUGUAACGGCCACUCCCCCUCACCCGAGAGCAAGGCUGCUAUCGGCUGUAGCAAAGCAUCCACCAACCUGAUUGGCUGCAGCAAGGUCCAGAGGUGUUGCCUAGACUCCCUGGCUAGCCUUAGCACCUGCCCUGGCGUUGUUGUUUUAGGAGCCGUGGAACGGGUGGUGGAGGUGUUCCAUGUUCUAGUGCAGAGCCUACAGAACCCUGACUCAGACCCCACCGUGCUCCAGAAGAACUACCAGGCCAUGUUGAGGUGGCUUCGUGUGUCUGCAGAGCCUAACUCACUGGCUGAUCUGGUCACUGAAGACCUCCUGCCCGUGCUAAAGAAGCGCGUGUGUGACGUGCGUUGGGAGGUUCGAGACUCCACUCUGGAGUUCCUCGGCCAGCUGUGUGAGGCGUUAAGCUGCACCGUCACUCCUAUCCUGCUGGAGGCGCUGUGUGAUCAGGAGAGCUAUGUGAGGGCUAGUGCCAUCUCUGCCCUGGCCAGGACACUACCACUCAGUGACCAGCAGGGGGAGCCAGGGAACCAGACACAGGAGCAGACCCUGGGUCAGUUACUAGACAUCCUGUCUCAGGAUUCAGAGGGCUUCCCCAGACGCGCUGUGGUCCAGUUCUUCAUCAGCUGGCUAAAGACACACCCAUCAUCUUCCUCCUCCUCCUCGCUGUGUUCUGUCCUAUCGCUGGGCAGCACUGAUCUGGACUGGGAGGUCAAAGUUCACACCCUGGAGCUGGUUGAGCUCCUGAUGGAGGAAACACUUCCAGGUCACCAGGAGUCAGAGCUGGGGUCAGCUCCUCCCCCUUACUGUGGCUCUGGAGGGACAAACCUACUAACACACACUGACCUCACACACCCCUACGCUGUGACGCCAAGCCAGCCCUCACCCCUUCUAACACACACCCCAACUGACCUCACACACCCCUACGCUGUGACGCCAAGCCAGCCCUCACCCCUUCUAACACACACCCCAACUGACACACACACACCCCUCACACACACACCCCAUACACAUACACCCCUCACACACACACACCCAACUACAUCUGUAGUGUGUGGUCUGUCUCGGUUGGUGGAGCUCGGCGUUGCAACAGCGUUGCUCAACGGCCUGUUUGAUUGCGACAGACCUGUAGCUUUAAAAGCCUGUAGUCUGUUGCUACGACUACGAGACGCGGUGUGUCCGUCCCGGUCGCUAGGGAAAGGUGCUAUGACAACUGACGACGCAACAGUUGCCACGGUGACUUUUGAUCUGAGGGGUCAGGUUUGGGAGCGGGAGGUCACAAGGAAGUUACAGGAGAAGAGAGGAUCUGAUUGGGUUAAAGAGUCCAGGGAAGUAGGUUGUGAUAGGCCGAACAAGAACAGAGAUUCUGAAAGGACAGACAGGGCUGGCUCCGAAGCCCGCGAUAGGUCGACAGGGAAGAGUGUGUGUGAGGGUAGCGCGAGGGUGUGUGAGGUGCUGUGGUCGUUGGGUCUAGAGGAGAGGCAGAGUGUGUUAUCACAGAGUAGUGACCAUGUCCAGAACUCACCCCUCUCUCUACUGGAGGACAUCCUGAACGCUACAGACACCUCACACACUGACGAGGUUAUAGUAGACUGUUACUGACCGACACACGUCCUGAACUCUACAGACACCUCACACACUGACGAGGUUAUAGUAGACUGUUACUGACCGACACACGUCCUGAACUCUACAGACACCUCACACACUGACGAGGUUAUAGUAGACUGUUACUGACCGAACCGAUUUGUGAUGGUUGUUUCUCCUCUGUAUGUUGACUAGUGAAUACUGUAGUUAGAGUUCCAUUGGGACAUAACUGUUGACCCUAACCCACCUACCAGGAACAUAAAUAAAGAUACUGUUUUGAUAUUUCAAA